UUGUCACUGUCAAGCACAGCUGUCAACCUGUCAACUGUGUCUUGGAAAUUAGAACAAUGCGAUUUUCUUUAAUAAUUUUCAAUUAAGUAAAAUGGGAUUUCUGACAAUUUUGAAGAAACUUCGGCAAAAAGAAAAAGAAAUGCGCAUACUUAUGUUAGGACUGGAUAAUGCCGGCAAAACGACAAUACUAAAGCGUUUUAAUGGGGAACCAAUCGACACGAUUUCCCCAACCUUAGGUUUCAAUAUAAAGACGCUCGAGCAUCGCGGGUACAAGCUCAAUAUAUGGGACGUAGGAGGGCAGAAAUCGCUGAGGUCAUACUGGAAGAACUACUUUGAGAGCACAGAUGGAGUGGUGUGGGUGGUGGACAGUGCAGAUGCGCGGCGGCUGUCAGAUUGUGCUAAGGAACUGCACACGCUGCUGAGGGAGGAGAGGCUCGCCGGUGCCACUCUGCUGGUGCUGGCUAACAAGGUGGACUUGCCUGGCGCGUUGACCCUCCAAGAGAUCAGAGAGGCUUUAGAUCUGGAUAAUAUCAAAACUCAUCACUGGCGCAUAAUGCGAUGCUCCGCAGUGACGGGGGAGAAUCUUCUAGAAGGAAUGGACUGGAUGCUCGACGAUAUCGCCAACAGGAUAUUUACCCUCGACUGAACUAUACUUACUCCAUUGCUUAUUAGCAUUCCAUAGACAAAGUAUGCAGCUUCUUCAUUUUAAACACAGACUAUAAAAUAAGUAGAGAGCACAAAACAUACUUGAUAAUUUAUUUUUAAAGUGCCACCAACUCAUUUGUUCAAAAUUGCUGGGACAUUUCAAAAUCCACACGGACGAAGUCACAGGCAUUUAGCUAGUAUUGCAAUAUGAUUAUGCUAUACUGAAUCUUUGUUAUGUUAAA